AUGAAUACAACGAAUGAAUUCGAUCAAAGUUUUGAAGAUUAUAUUAAUUUUAAUGAAUAUAUUACUGAAAUGGAAGAAUUAGAAUCUAGCGAAAUGCUUAAUACAGAUAUGCAAAUCUUUGAAAUUAAUAGUUCUAAUAUUGAUUACGAAGAAGAUACUAGAAUUGAAAAUUCUACAGUAGAGAUUGAAGAAACUAAUUCUGAAAGUUCUAAUAGAUAUAUUGCCGAUGUUUGGCAAUAUGUAAACAAGGAUAACCGACAAUGUCCAGAAUACACUACUAUAUUUUCAGCAAAAACAAGUACAACUGUCAUACGAGAUCAUUUACACAGACAUGGAAUAUUAAAAAAAAAAGAAUUAUGUAAAUCACAUCCUGAAAAAGAACAGAUAGAACGAUUAAUUCUUUUAAUCAAGUGGAUUAUUCAAAGCAUGCAACCUUUUUCUGUAGUAGAUGAACUUUCAUUUCUAAAAGCAAUACGUGAUUCUUAUACAUAUUUGGAAGACUUGGAACGAUUUCAUUUGGCUGAUCAAAAGAAAUUUCUUCGACCAAUUCUUGAUAUUAAGACACAUUGGAAUUCUGCAUUCUAUAUGCUAAAACGUCUAUUAGUUCUUAAAGAAUAUCUAGAUAUAAUUAUACUACGUCACUCUUUAUUACAAGAUUUAUACCUAACUCAAAGUGAAUGGGAUUAUAUCACAAGUUUAGUAAAAUUAUUAGACCAAUUCGAAGUUGCUACAAAAGAAUUAUCUGCACAAAAUUAUCCUACCAUUGCUCAUGUACGCAUUAUUUUACUAAGCAUUUGUAAUGACUUAAAAACAUAUAGUAUCAAUGCUAAUUUAAAAGAGGUCUCUGCGGCUAUUUAUGGCAAAUUACAAAAUUAUUGGCAGCAUAUUGACGAAAUAGCACAUGUGGCUGCAUUCUUAGAUCCACCUAUAAAAAGCUUUGUUUUCUUGGAAAAAUGGAUCAAGAAAUUUUUAACCCCAUACAAUGCCGGCUUCCUAUGA